CCAGGUAGCAAAGCCGCCGUAGCCAACCUGUGUAUAGGAGACCAGAUCAUAGCCAUUGAUGGAGAGAACACGGAGAACAUGACGCACCUCGAGGCGCAGAACAAAAUCAAGGGGUGCACAGAUGAGCUAACUCUGACGGUCAGCAGAACGGAGUCAAAAGUCUGGUCACCGCUUGUGAACGAGGAGGGAAAGACUCAUCCUUACAAGAUGAAUCUGGCCUCUCAGCCGCAGGAGGAGCAGCACACCACUUCAGUGUGUGUCCAAAACCCUCUCCCGUUUGUGGCCUCCACGGCGGUGAAGGCUCGCGUCGUCACUGCGGAAGUCAGUGCCGGGCUCUACUCCUCCGAGAACAUCCAGACCUUAAACAGCGCGGUGGAGUCUAAGGCAUCACCUGGGGCCCCGGAGCCUGCCAAGCCUUUAGAUCAGCAUAACCAGCCCCCGGGCGGCAUCGUCGUAGACAGGGAAUCGGAGGUCUACAAGAUGCUCCAGGAGAACCAGGAGUUGAAUGAGCCGCCCAGACAAUCUGCUUCCUUCCUCGUGUUGCAGGAGAUUUUGGAGUCGGAAGAGAAAGGAGACCCCCCCAAGCCAUCUGGAUUUAGGAGCGUCAAAGCCCCCACCACCAAGGUGGCCUCCUCGAUUGGGAAUGCCCAGAAGCUGCCCAUGUGCGAGAAGUGCGGAGCUGGCAUUGUAGGGGUGUUUGUGAAGAUCCGGGACAAGCAGCGUCACCCCGAGUGCUACGUGUGCAGCGACUGCGGCACCAACCUCAAGCAGAAAGGACACUUCUUUGUGGAAGACCAAAUCUACUGCGAGAAGCACGCACGGGAGCGGGUGGUUCCCCCGGAGGGCUACGAGGUGGUCACCGUCUUCCCAAAGUAAACCACGCUGCUCGCAAGGCCGGUGUGGAUGGUUUCUCCUCUGCUGCUUUUCCUCAGAAACCAUCGUCCCUCCCGGCCCCCGCCAAAUCUUGUUUGCAGCAAGGAACGCUAGGCAUGGCUUUGAAUCUCCUUGCCAUUAGUAAUACUCCACCUGUUCACACGAGAUGUCACUAAUUGUUUACCGGUCUUUUCGUCUCCUCUUUCGCUGUUUGGUUUCUUUCUUCCUACACAGAAUUAUUUUCCUCCUUUGUGCUGUCAGUCGCACAGGAAAACCAGAGGCCAAAGUCAGAUUACAGCCCGUCCGUGUCGUUCUUUGCCUUCUCUUUGCUUUCAAUAAAUGGGGUGAAUCCACA